AUGGCUACUAAUGAAUUGUCGUUGAAGCUCUUGAUUGACAUCAGGGCUCAGAAAGUCUGCUUUGCUGAGGCUGGCAAUGAUGUUGUUGAGUUCCUCUCCACCCUCUUGUGCCUCCCUGUGAGCACCGUCAUCAACUUGCUUACCAAGGAGCGAAUGGUUGGCAGCAUUGGGAAUGUUCUUGACAGUCUGCAGGAACUGGACACCAAGUAUGUGAUCUCGUCAACCAGGAGCAAGAAACUCUAUGUCAGCCCAGCUGUUGCUCCCAGUGUGCUGCAUCCUUUGCAGCCGUUGCUGGAUGUACCGCUAAAUGUCAGUGAUAGCUUUUUCACAUGUCAUGGAAAACCAGGCAGCUAUGGAACACUUGUUGCAUGUGGCUAUUUUUCUGCUAUCAAAGACACCAUAUGCCAUAGUUGCUUCAAGCCAAUGGGUGUAGAAAUGAAACAUAUCAAAGCAGAUGGGUUGGUGCCUGGGACUGCCACGUACACUGUCAUGGAUGUUCUAUCAAUAACUCCGGCAUCCAGCGUGUCUAGCAUUGCCGUGCUUGCGCAGAGUGGUGUGAAGGAUCUGAGCACGCUGCAAGAAAAGAUCGUGAAGAUUGGCAAGGAAGAGGCGUUGGAGAUACUCCUUGCUUCCUUGAAGUCCAAGACCGUCCUGACCGAUGUCUUUCUCCAGAAGAAAAAAGUUCGAUGCAAGAAGGAAACUGCUGCUUAA